UCUGAGGAAACCAGGAAAUGCAAAGAAGCCAGAGAGGACUCAGGGGAAGGAGAAACAGGGUAUUAUGAACACUGACUCACACAUUAUGCAGGUCAUCUUCAAAUAUAUCAGAGACAGUAUAGAGAUGCUCAAUGUUCACUAAACAAAAUCUGUGCUGCUAGUUAUAACACUGGUAUAAAAGAGUUUCCUCAUUUUUCCUGGUUGGACACAAGAGAAAGUUCUGCUUCUGAGGACCUGCAGCUUAUUUAUUGGCUUAAUAGCAUUACCCCAAUAAGAUACAUACAUAAACUCUUCCAAAAGAUUUCCCAGGCGGAGGCCAGUAAGGACAGUCCGACAUCAUCGUCUACAUGAAUGAAAAUAUCAGAAUUACAACAGCAGGGGCUACAGACUCUUUCUACACUGGAUCAUUCAGACAGAUCACUGCUCUUCAGAAGCAGUUUAAUAGCAAUCACAGCCCAGUGUAGUUUUAGAGUCUGAGGCCCAGAGCAGACAUCAUUAUAUGAGGCUUCACACACGAACUGUGAUCUUGCAACGCUGUUAUCUCACUAGUGCAAAGGGAUUGAGCUGAUAUGUGAUCAGAGCAGUCAGGAGAGUUCAGAGAGAACAAGGGGGAAGGUUGAUGAUGUUACUCUCCUGCCUCCUGCACGCUCUACCCAGCUGCCACCCCUCACCUACUGCAAACUGAGUAUUACCAGGAGGCACCAUGCCCCUGUCUCGUGUCUGUGGGAUAUUUGUUCUCCUCAGCAUUGGUCUGAUUUCCUUCAUCCCUUCUUGUCACGGAGGGAACCUUCUGGUGUUCCCCAUUGACGGCAGUUCCUGGAUCAACAUGAAGCUCCUGCUGGAGGAGCUACAUGCCAGAGGACACAGCCUCACUGUAAUCCGGGGGAGCACCAGCUGGCACAUCCCAGAGGAGUCUCCCCUUUACACGUCCAUUACAAUUAAAAUGGAUGAGGGUAUGGAGAACUUCUUUGAAGUGUACCUGCAGGAACAAAUGAGGGCGCUGAGAGAAGGGGCCUCAUUUCUAACUUCCUUCAAAAUCACAAAGGAUUUUCUUUCAAUGAUAUUUAAAGCUCAUUCUAUGUGCGCUGAUGCUCUCAUUCAAAUGUUAGAUGAUGAAAACCUAGUCAAACGAUUAAAGGACGCCCAAUAUGAUCUUGUUCUCACUGACCCAGCCGUAGCACCAGGUGUUCUGUUAGCAAAGUAUCUCAAACUACCCCUGGUGCUUAAUGUUCGCUGGAUCAGCAGUGGAGACGGACAAUUUGCCAUAGCCCCCUCCCCACUCUCUUAUAUUCCGGUGCCAGGAUCGGGUUUAACUGACAAAAUGAAUUUCAUGCAGAGGGUCAAGAACCUGUUAUUCUACGGCAUCAUAUUGUUCCAGCACAAAUUYAUGGUGGGGCCAAUCUACGAUGUUGCCUGCACUAAAUAUAUUGAGGGUGAAUGUGACAUCAUGUCGCUGCUUCAGGAGGCAGACAUAUGGCUGUUCAGGUCAGACUUUGUGUUCGAUUUCCCUCGGCCCACGAUGCCAAACGUYGUCUACAUCGGAGGGUUCCAAUGCAAACCAGCUCAGCCUCUGCCAGCGGACCUUGAGCAGUUCGUUCAAAGUGCUGGCGAGCAUGGUGUGAUCAUCAUGAGUCUGGGAACCAUGGUGGAAGCUUUGCCCAAAGAGGCUGCAGAUGACAUUGCCAGCGUCUUUGCCAAGAUGCCUCAGAAGGUGAUAUGGCGGCACAAAGGGGAGCCUCCCUCCACUUUGGGCAACAACACACUCAUUGUGGACUGGAUGCCRCAGAGGGACCUCCUGGGCCAUCCUCAGACCAAAGUUUUUGUAGCUCAUGGAGGAACCAAUGGAGUCCAGGAGGCCAUUUACYACGGGRUCCCCRUGCUYGGCWUACCCCUGUUCYUUGACCAGUUUGACAACCUUGUCCGUUUGCRGGUGAGAGGAGCUGCAAAGAUCAUUGARCUKGRYRAACUUAACAGCCAGAGUUUUGAGCAAGGUCUUCAGGAAGUGCUCCUGCAGGACAGCUACAGACAGAACAUGCAAAGACUAUCUCGCUUGCACAGAGAUCAGCCAAUAACACCCAUGGAUAAGGCUAUCUUCUGGGUGGAGUAUGUGAUCCGUCACAAAGGAGCAGCACACCUGCGCACAGAUGCUUAUAAGAUGCCCUGGUACUCGUACUACAGUUUAGAUGUUCUGUUAGUGUUGCUGACUGCUGCAGCUGCACUGCUGCUCUUUACUGUGGCUGUUUUCUGGUUACUGUGCUGCAGAAGUAGAAGGAGGAYAAAAUCCAAAGCUGAAUGAAUCUGGAAAUGGUUAARAAUCUGCUAGAAAGGGUUCUAAAGCUCUGUMGAYGCAAACYUACUGUGCAUUCUAAGGUAUYUMAUUUGUACAUCUUUGUUGUAUAUGAAGUCAAAUGACAACCAGUUAACUGAUGUAGACAAAUAAAAUAUAAUAGCCUUGUCAAAAUAAUAGAGCCUCUUUCCUGUUUUAAUAUAAGCUAUCAACUGUUUCUUCUUGGAUUAAUACUUGGUUAACAAAUAUAUAAUUGCUGAUUGUUGUAUGUUGGGGAUUUUUGAACUAAAACCAAUUCAGAUGUAAAAAACCUAACUUGUUAUAUGAAUUGUCGAACAUUUAAUU